ACCAUUGCUGUCUGACUGCUAUUAUGUUGUAACUUGUUUUACACACGUCGCACUGUUGAACUUGAUGCUAUCUCUUCUUUAUGUGGUACAUUAAGCAACAACGUUAAUUAAGUUUUGAAGAGAAAGAGGGAAGUAAUACGUUGAGAUGAAAGAUUUUGAAGCUUACAGCUGAAGGUAAAAUGGACUUUUUGUUGAGUCAUGAGGAUUGUCAGUGAAGUGCUUUCAGGAACCAUAGCAUGGGGACUCGUCUGUCAUCCCUUUUUCCUUCAGGCAAGCAGGAGAGCUGUGAUCAAGACAGAAAAGAAAGUUCACUCUCAAGGCAUGUGCAAGAAGACGAGAUUGCUCACUUUCCUUAUGUGGAAUUUACAGGACAAGACAGCAUUACUUGCCCUACCUGUCAGGGCACUGGGCAAGUGCAAACAGGAAGAAUGAAUGAACUGGUGGCCCUUGUUCCAUAUAGUGACCAAAGGUUACAGCCACAGAGAACGAAAUUAUACGUUCUCCUUUCCGUUAUUGCCUGCAUAUUGAUAUCUGUUCUUGUGGCGUUCUUCUCGUUCCCACGAGCGGUGCUAAUAGAGGGCAAUGGUUUUCAGAGUGCACAAGUCAGGUUAGACAAGAACAGCUCACAAGUUUUCAUCACCCUGAUGACCACCUUAAAUAUCAGUAAUACAAAUUUUUACUCGGUGUUUAUACAAAGUGUUUCCUCUGAAGUGUUUUAUUUAAAUACAGUGAUUGGAACACAGAAGAUUGAAAAUGUAUCUGUGAUUCAACCCCUGAGUAAGAAGCAGGUGAACUUCACUGUCAAUGCAGAGAUUGGUGGAGCCCUGCACUUUGUAUAUAACUACUGCACAGAGCCAUCACUUGUAAUCCACAAUAUCGUGAUCUUCAUGCGUACCACAGUUAAGGUUUUGUACCUAAAAAACAAAUAUCAAGAUUCCCUGGAAUGGUAUCAGUACAUCGACUGUGGGGCACAUUACUCCAGCAUAUAAAAAUUCUCCUAACUGCCAAAGCAUAUUAAACUUAAAGUGGUUAUGUUUCACUUGUAUUUCAUUGGGAAGACAAUAAAAGUUUGUCUGCCACCUGCUGCUGUUGCUUUACAUGUAAAAAGUUAAGUGUUAUGCUGUAGUUUGAUUAAAUGUAUGUUUUGCAAAGUUUUUCUACAACUUUUGGUAUUACCUUACAUGCAAUAAAAUUUAAUUUUAUACUGUA